AUGCUGGGCUCAUACAUCGCCGCCGGUCUCGCUGGCGCCGCCGCCGUUUCUGCCACACCAGUGGCUCAAUGGGGACCUCCUCAUGGCUACAGCCCCUCGGGAUCUCAAGGCUGGGGCGCUCCUAGCAACACUGCAUCAGCUUCCAGCGCUGGCCAGACUCCCUUCACCUUCCCUCUGCCUAAUGGCUUCCCUACCGUGAACAAUGCCCUCCUUCACGACAUUGCUGAGGCUGCUCAUGGCAGUCUGCCAAACGCUCCUCUUGCCACUCACCUAUCGGCUGGGUCUGUCACUAUUUUCGAGCUCAUCGCCUUCAACGAGAUCUUCGAGGUUGCCUUCUUCAGCUCACUCAUCAACAACAUCACUAAUAACGUCCAUGGCUUCGAGAUCCCUAGCCAGGUCCUCCGCACCUACGUCCUCGAUACCCUCACCGCCGUCCUUGCUCAGGAGGAGACUCAUUUCUUGGGGGCAAACGGCAUCUUGAACGCCUCUGGCAACGCUGGCAUCGAGCCAUGCAAGUACGUCUUCCCGACCGCCGACUUCGACUCCGCCAUCGGCCUCGCCCGCACCUUCACCGAUGUCGUCCUCGGUACGCUCCAGGACGCCCAGGCUGGUCUUGCCGCCAAUGGCGACGCGGAGUACAUCCCCCUCAUCGGCUCCGUCGAGGGCCAAGAGGGCGAACAGAAUGGCUACUACCGCUCGCUCCUCAGCCUCAUCCCUUCCGCCGCUCCCUUCCUCACUCGCUCUGCUGCGCCCUUCGCCUUUUCAGCCUUGAACCAGAACUUCGUGGUCCCAGGCAGUUGCCCCGGCUCAGCCAACAACCUACUGUUCAAGUCUAUCCCGGUCUUCGCUCCCCUCACGGUCGAGACCCAGAACAUCCAGCUCAAGGACCAAGCCAUCACCUUCUCUGUCAAGACCAACAGCAGCGACAGCGAUAUCGCCAGCUACAGCGUUGUCUUCAUCAACCAGCAGAACGUGCCUGUCGUUGCACCGAUCACCAACAUCCACACCAAUGGUGAUGUGGUCACCUUUGAUGCUUUUUACCCGGCUGCUACGCUCAUCGCGGAUGCUUUGACCAUUGCUGCUGUUACUAAGAGCAAGGGCCCUUUUGCUUCUGUUCCUGAUGUCGCCGCUGCGACCCUCUUCGGCCCUGGUCUGAUUGAGAUCAAUUAG